AUGCCCCACAAGUCCAGUAUACUGACACCUGACAUGAUGUCCCACAAGUCCAGUACACUGACACAAGACAUGAUGCCUCACGAGUUCACUACACUGACACCACACAUGAUGUCCCACAAGUCCAGUACACUGACACCAGAUAUGAUGUCCCACAAGUCCAAUACACUGACACCAGACAUGAUGCCCCACAAGUCCAGUAUACUGACACCUGACAUGAUGUCCCACAAGUCCAGUAUACUGACACAAGACAUGAUACCUCACGAGUUCACUACACUGACACCACACAUGAUGUCCCACAAGUCCAGUACACUGACACCAGAUAUGAUGUCCCACAAGUCCAAUACACUGACACCAGACAUGAUGCCCCACAAGUCCAAUACACUGACACCAGACAUGAUGCCCCACAAGUCCAGUAUACUGACACCUGACACGAUGUCCCACAAGUCCAGUACACUGACACAAGACAUGAUGCCUCACGAGUUCACUACACUGACACCACACAUGAUGUCCCACAAGUCCAGUACACUGACACCAGAUAUGAUGUCCCACAAGUCCAAUACACUGACACCAGAUAUGAUGUCCCACAAGUCCAAUACACUGACACCAGACAUGAUGCCCCACAAGUCCAGUAUACUGACACCUGACAUGAUGUCCCACAAGUCCAGUAUACUGACACCAGACAUGAUGCCCCACAAGUCCAGUAUACUGACACAAGACAUGAUGCCUCACGAGUUCACUACACUGACACCACACAUGAUGUCCCACAAGUCCAGUACACUGACACCAAAUAUGAUGUCCCACAAGUCCAAUACACUGACACCAGACAUGAUGCCCCACAAGUCCAGUAUACUGACACCAGACAUGAUGCCCCACAAGUCCAGUAUACUGACACCUGACACGAUGUCCCACAAGUCCAGUUUACUGACACAAGACAUGAUACCUCACGAGUUCACUACACUGACACCACACAUGAUGUCCCACAAGUCCAGUCCACUGACACCAGAUAUGAUGUCCCACAAGUCCAAUACACUGACACCAGACAUGAUGUCCCACAAGUCCAGUAUACUGACACCUGACAUGAUGUCCCACAAGUCCACAAUCAACCAUUUGCUUGGGAUAUUUGGUACACGGAAAAAGUAA